UACUCAAGAGCUUUAGUCAAUCCAGUUAAACUGUACGCAAGUAAUACAUAAUAUGGGACUAUUGGACAAAAUUGGGCCAGGUGAUGUAUCUCAUAUUAUUUACAUAAUUGGUUGAUAAAAAUACUCUCAUAGAAAAAAUCCAUUUUGUAAAUUUUCUUGUGGGAUCACGGGCCGACAACUCUGCUAGGAGAUUUCACUUAAACGUGGACGGAAGUAGUUAAGCGGGUCUAACAUACAAGGGAAUUUUUCAUUCGUAUACUUUUGUUCCAAAAUGGCGGAAGGAGGUAUCGGGUGUACAGAGUUAGAAUCUGAAAGCAAUCUCAGACACAAUCAUCAGUCUCAGAAUUAUGUCGAAAGUGUUUCCGUGGAGAUCACCAGUAUAAUGACUCGGCUUGGGUACGGCGAGCAGAUAAGACGGUGGCGGGUUGAGAAGUACAAAGAGCGUGAUAGCUUGUUGAAUGCACCACCAAGUGAUGUAACUGUGAUCACAGCUGGCAGCAAGGCAGAGGGGCUAACCCGCUCUCAUGAAAGUGACCUUGACUCCUUAUUCGUUUUUGAAGGUAUUCUCUGUGUGGAAGCUGGUAUAAGUCUUCACACCAUACCUGACGGCAUAGGAGUGUACAGGAUGGAUACAUGUGCAUAUUCGGGACACUGUAGACUGUUGUUAGAGAGACAAGCGCGUAAACAUUUCAAAGAAAUCCACACUGCUCAGUGUGAUAAUGGACAAGGAGACAUUCUAUUAAGUAGUAGUUUAUUUCUUAAUGAAAUGUCGGCAUAUAUUUCUGCACAUUCAACAGUGGAAAGCCCUGAACGAGCGGGGCCGUCGCUACCGUGGUCAAUAGGAGGUGAGUUUCACACUGACAAUGUAUUCGCACUACGCUGUCAUUGCCCCAGCAUCUUACAGAGAUGGGCUUCCAGACCCCGUCAUUGGCCCUCACCGGUCUUAGUUCAGAAAGUCGUAUCAUUAGAAGCUAAUGUAACAGCGGUGGGUUUUAAGGAAAGUGAAUACAAGCACAUGGAAUGGAGGAUUGGCUUUAACACCGGAGAGUCAGAACUAGUGAACAACCUUAAUGACACACAAGCGAAAGUGUAUGUUAUGCUUAAAAUGAUCGUCAAAGAUGUGUUAAGGCCUCCUAAGAAAGAAAUAACCUCAUACGUGAUGAAAAAUAUAGUAUUAUGGCAAGCUGAGAGUAACCCACAAAAUAAGUUCUAUGCUCAGAGUUUUUUUCACUGGCUGCAUGACGGACUGAGAGCACUUAGGACUGCUAUUGUCACACAACAACUGUCAUAUUACAUGAUUCCAGAAAGGAAUUUAAUGGCAGCCAGUGGUUUAACGUACAGGCAGCAAAGCCAAUGGGUAGAAGUUGUAACGGACAUGAUGGCAGAAGGCCCGAGGGUAAUUCUCAGAUUGCCAAAGAUACGGAUGGCUAUUGUAGCGUCCCCAGAGCCUAUGUUGUGGUACAGCAUGAAAAGGAUGGAGCUGGAGAUGCUAUGGCUGGAGAAAAUGAACAGAUUGAUUACUUGCCUUGAGAACGGAGUGUUGGACAAGUCUGAUGCUAUCCUACAGGAGAUAGGGAGACGUAUGGUCGAGGUAAUGGUGCAGAUUGCACUACGGAUGAUGGAAGAAGGCUGUGCUAUGGCUUCUGGUUUCUGGUUUGGUCUCAUGUCAACACCAUGGUGUAAAAGGAUGCAAAAGUACCACAUUGCUAGGGUUACACAGUACCACUUUGCUAGGAUUACAGAGUACUACUUUGCUAGGGUUACAGAGUAUCACAUUGCUAGGGUUACAGAGCACCACUUUGCUAGGGUUCAGGGGUACCAAUUUUCUAUGGUAACAGAGUACUACUUUCCCCCAGCCUGA